AUGGAGCUAGAAAAUGAAAUGAUCAGCUCCUCCAGCAAUUCUUCAGCAGGCUCCAGAGAGUACAAGGUGGUGAUGCUAGGAGCAGGGGGAGUUGGCAAAAGCGCAAUGACAAUGCAGUUCAUAAGCCAUCGGUUCCCUGACUACCAUGAUCCAACUAUAGAGGAUGCCUAUAAAACUCAAGUCCGAAUUGAUGACGAGCCAGCCUAUUUGGACAUUCUAGACACUGCUGGACAGGCAGAGUUCACAGCGAUGAGGGACCAAUACAUGCGAGGCGGAGAAGGCUUCAUUAUCUGCUAUUCCAUCACAGACCGCCAAUCCUUUCAAGAAGCUGCUGAGUUUAAGGAACUCAUUUAUCGUGUCCGGCACACCUAUGACAUCCCCUUGGUGCUGGUGGGAAACAAAAUAGAUCUUGAAGAGUUCAGACAGGUCUCGACUGAAGAAGGAAUGAGCUUAGCCAGAGAAUACUCCUGCUCCUUUUUUGAGACUUCAGCUGCCCUCCGCUUCUACAUUGAUGAUGUCUUUCAUGGACUAGUGAGGGAAAUCCGAAGGAAAGAGUCCUCACUGCCCAUGGUAGAGAAGAAGAUGAAGAGGAAGGAUAGUCUGUGGCGGAAGCUGAAAGGAUCCCUGAAGAAAAAAAAGGAAAGUACAACCUGA